AUACGUUCGCGGUAUAAUUGUUAACGUCAAAGGUAUGAUUUUUCCAUUACUAUCGAUUAGCAGAAGAACGAAGAGGCGCGACACGGCAUUGCAACCGUUCCUAGGCAUGAAACUGCCAAUUUUUUGGAUCAUUGGACCAAGCGCCUCCUCCAAAUCGACCAUAGCCGAAAUGCUCGCCAAAUCGAGCCAAUUUCACUUGAUAAGUCUGCAAAGUUUAAAAAAGGACGAAAUGCAGAAGCGCAAGUGGAAUGUGAACAACUCGACCCGCUCCAACGAAAACCAGGACCUCUUCAUACACCUACUCAAAGAAGAGUUCAUUCGGACCUAUCAGAAUUCAACGGGUUACAUUAUUGACGGAUUUCCGAUGAAUAUUCGCGAGGCAAACCUCUUUGAAAAACACAUUUGCAAGGUGAACGUUAUUAUUUAUCUUACGUUGACGUUGGACGCUUUGCUGUGUCGGAGAGUGACGCAGCUGCAUUAUUUUGAUGUGGAGGAGGAGAGGAUUAAGUACGUCGAUAGUUUGAGGAAUAUCAACAAAAUUGUUCAGAAGUUCCAACGUAAAACUAUUAAAAUUGCAUCAAAGUAUCCCCCAGAAGAUACGUGCACUAAGCUUGUGGUGACGUUGGAAGAUGAUUGGGGGUACAAGUUUAUGCGUUUAUAUAAUAAAAGUUCUUAGUGCAUCGUUUUUACUUUUGAUUGUAUCCGCCGGAUUUGCCAUGGGGAGGCAAAUUUUUUGAAGCGGCACAAAACUAAAUUUUGGAAAUGAUUCUACAGUACUAUCGUGAAUCAUAGUGAAAACGAAAAAAAAACUCACCCUGUAUAGUGACAAUACUUUGUAAAUUAGCCAAACAAGGCGGGCAACUACUACAACUGACUUUUUUCUGUGAUCAGGGUCGGAUUUACAUAUUUUGCGCCCAUGGGGACCAAAAUUAUUGUUUACUCUUUACAGAAAAAUGUGAAUACGAUUUUCUUUCCGCCCAGUGAAACUGAUAAAAAUGAUUUGAGGGUACCUUAAUUAAACGU